GAAAACGUAAUGACAUCACAUAUUGUCCGUGGUGCUGUCGUCUCCUGAAAAUAAUAAACGUAUGCACCGAGAGGUUAUUAUUUCACUUAUUUUAAAUGUGGAGCAGAAGAUCUCAAUGUAGCUAGGAGCCUUUAGAGGGUGGCAGUCUCCUGCCAGUCUCCCCGCUUCUGCCGACCUGCUCGCUCGGCUCAUUUCUGCGUGAUUCGGACGCUAGCAUUAGCCUAGCCACUUAGCUGCUCCGAGGUUAAUACGAGAGAUGUCUGUGAAGGUCUGACUGGGAUGGGCGAAUGAGAUGAUCUGUCAGUCAUCUGCAGCCUACAAGUGACCCGACCCGAAUCGAAGCCCAGUGGCCAAGCUCGCCUUGGACUCCAGUCUGCCAUGCAGCCAUGAGCUCCACCCUGUGGAGCCAGGAGAAGCCCAGCGGGGGCUUCAGGGAGGACUGGCGCUUCUACAUGGUCGUGAAGGAAUGUACCGUGGAGAAGCCCGCCCAGAAGACCCUGAGGAUCCCCCGUGGUAGUCUUGGCCAGGCCUGCCAGGAGCGCAACAGCCUGGGGCGAACGUUGCCCCCAUGUAAGGGCAAGAAAAGCCUGCGCAUUCUGGACCAGACCAACAUGGUUCUGAGUCUGGAUGAGCGGGACGUCCUGGAGCUGGAUGAGAAGCUGGCUGAGUUGCUGUUCCCCAUCACCAACUGUGAGGAACGCUACGCCCUGCUGUGCGACUCGUCGCGGCUGGAGCGCAUCCGGGACAUUGACUGUGGGUCUAAAGUACGCGUCCAGCUUCGCUCGGGGGACAAAUCUCUACCCGGGGUGGUCCGAUUCAAAGGCUCGCUACUCCCUGACCGAGCCCUCUCCGGAAUCUGGUUUGGAGUGGAGCUGCUGGAGGAGGGUCGGGGCCAGGGCUUCACGGAGGGCUCCUACCAGGGCCGCCAGCUCUUCCGCUGUGAGGAAGAGUGCGGCGUGUUUGUGGCCCUGGACAAGCUGGAGCUCUGGGAGGACGACGACGACGACGACGAGUCUCUGGGUCGGCUGGAGGUGGAUCGCGUCCGGCUGGUGGAAGACGAUCAGGACUUUCCUCGUCUGGAGAUCAACUCUCGUGUUGUGGUGCAGACCAUAGAGGGGCCGGAGAGGGGGACCAUCAUCUUCUGUGAUCUGUUGCCAGGCAACGAGACCCUGGGCUACUAUGUGGGAGUGGACAUGGACAAUCCGAUCGGGGACUGGGACGGCGUGAUCGACGGAAAGCUGCUGUGUAGUUUUGCCAGUUCGGAGCACACUCGACUCGUCCCCAUCUGUGACGUAAUGCCAGAAUACUCCAUGCAGGACCAAAGGCUACAAAAGCACAGUUUUGCCCCUCGGGGCAGCAGUGACAAGUUGUCCUCUGGCCAAAGCAAACCAAAGAACAAAGGAUUAGGCCACCAGUGUGGAAGUAGAAGCAAGUCUGACUUUUACUAUACUUUAAAUGGCAGCUCUCUUGAUCCCCCAGCCCAGUCCGAAUCCAAAAGCACAUGGUACAUUGAUGAAGUUGGAGAAGACCCCGCCAAGUCCCUCACGGACACGCCUCCCGAGUUCAACCAGUCCUCCCCACCGUCCAGAGUCCCGCCCACUUCCUCUCUGUCCAGCGACAACAAGUUCCACUCGCUGCCCUUCAGCCUGAACCGGAAGACCGUUCCCAAUGAAAAUAUCAGUCAAGGGCCCAUCUCCCUCUCCGUCCAGUCUGUGAUGGGCGAGCAGCCCGAACCCCCGUCGCCCGCUGCCCCUCCCUCUCCACGACCUUCCACCCCUCCUCGAGGACAGCCGGGUCUGGAGGUGGGCUCUCUGGUGGAGGUGAAGGAGAACCCCCCUCUAUGUGGCGUAAUCCGCUGGGUGGGUCUGCCUCCGGGCCUGCUGGAGCCUUUAGCUGGUCUGGAACUGGAAGAAGAGUGUCCCGGCUGCACCGACGGCACCUUUAAAGGUACUCGCUACUUCACCUGCCCCCCCAAAAAGGCUCUGUUUGUGAAGCUUAAGUGCUGCCGGCCUGACUCCCGGUUCCCGUCCCUGCACCAUUCCUCCAAUCCCAUCGAACGCUGCAACUCUAUUGCCUUUGGGGGGUAUCUGAGCGAGGUGGUACACGAAAACACUCCUCCUCGUACGGAAAACGACGGUCUGGAUGUCAUGGUGGGGAAGAAGAAAGGCAUUCAGGGCCACUACAAUUCCUGCUACCUGGAUUCAACCCUUUUCUGUCUUUUCUCCUUUAGUUCUGUUCUGGACACGGUUCUGUUGAGGCCGCGGUCGAAGACCGACGUCGAGUAUUACCGGGAGACCCAGGAGCUGCUACGCACAGAGAUCGUCAACCCGCUGCGCAUACACGGCUACGUCUGCGCCACCAAAGUGAUGAAGCUCAGGAGGAUCCUGGAGAAAGUAGAAGCUGCUUCUGGGUUUACCUCUGAAGAAAAAGACCCCGAGGAGUUCCUGAACAUCCUUUUCCACCACAUACUGAGAGUGGAUCCACUGCUAAAGCUAAGGUCAGCGGGCCAGAAGGUCCAGGACUGUUACUUUUACCAGAUCUUCAUGGACAAGAAGGACAAGGUUGGAGUUCCCACCAUCCAGCAGCUCCUGGAGUGGUCCUUCAUUAACAGUGACUUGAAGUUUGCAGAGGCUCCCUCUUGCCUUAUCAUUCAAAUGCCUCGAUUUGGAAAGGACUUCAAAAUGUUCAACAAGAUCUUUCCCUCCUUGGAGUUGGACAUCACAGACCUUCUGGAGGACACUCCAAGAGAGUGUCGCAUCUGCGGCGGCCUGGCUCUCUACGAGUGCAGAGACUGUUAUGAGGACGGGGACAUCACGGCCGGCAAGAUUAAGCAGUUCUGUGAAAAGUGCAACACACAGGUUCACCUCCACCCGAAGAGGAAAACUCACCGACACAGCAAACUGUCCGUCCCCAAGGAGCUGCAGGAGGGUACAGGACGUCAGGGCACUUUCCCCCGCCAGCGGAUGGAGCUGUUCGCCGUGCUGUGCAUCGAAACCAGCCACUAUGUGGCCUUCGUCAAGUACGGCGCCGCCGACUCUGCCUGGCUCUUCUUUGACAGCAUGGCUGACCGCGACGGUGGACAGAACGGUUUCAACAUCCCUCAGGUGUCUCCCUGUCCAGAGGUGGAAGCCUACCUGAAGAUGACCCCUGAGGAGCUGCACACCUUAGACCCCAAGAGCAUCCAGGGCCAGGCACGCCGCCUGCUCUGUGACGCUUACAUGUGCAUGUAUCAGAGCCCGACCAUGAGCCUGUACAAGUAGAACCCCACACACACACACACACACACACACACACCGCCACCACCUCUCCUCCUCUGCACCGCUCCCUCUGGCCAGCAGCUUCCCUGAACGACCAGAACUUUACAGCAUGAACCGAAGGAGGUGUCUGCCACCAGGGGGCUGCCCUGAGGAACCCACCCACGUCUCCUCAGCGCCGGCCCGCUUCUGGAGGUCAGAGAGGCGAAGGAGAGCGCGAGAAGCCUAUUUGCACUGUGCAUAAGUGUUGUGUUCAUCGCGUAGUCCUAUGUAGCUUCCCUGCGUCUCCCAGCUGAGCGACGGUCGGCUUUCCGAGGAGUCACUCCCUGCUCAGGGAGGAAGGAGACGGGCGGAAGGCCGCUCUGCAGGAAAAACAGAAGGAGCUGGUGGGAGGACCUCGCUCACCUCAUUUACCUUAAGAAAAGAGGAGUCCUGCUAUUCUUAAUCACUGUAAAGAUGGGAGCUUUUCACGAGCGCACGUUUAGGAAGCAACACGGUGUGGAAAAGCUGCUCCAGCCCGUUUGAGCUCGCGUUAAAGUCGUCCUUUCAGUAUAAAAGUCCUCCGGUUCUGCGUCCACACCGGACCUCUCUGCUCCGCCUGAACUGGUUCACAGAUUCUUCCCAUCUUGCCGUGUGAAAACCUGUUCGUGCUUUUCAGAAUAAGACGCACAUCUCCUCCGCCCCCAUAAAAAGGAACAUUUUAGCUAUUUGAAGCCACAGAGUGCUAAUUUGUUGUCGGGGAGACGUGAGCGGUUCCGGAGACGCAUCUGAAUGGAAAAAGCGACGCUCUGAGGUGAAAAACCGGAAAGGUCGGGCUCCCUUUUCCCCUUGGAGGUGUUUGUGGAGGAACGCACGUUUGGCUCACGCUGGUGACGAGCGAGUCCAAACGCUGGUUUAUGUUUACAAAGCCUUUCCCCUGCUCCUCCAGGCAGGCUCCGUUUUUGUUUUCAAGCAAGUCUCGACUCUCGCUGCCUUUCGUCAUCGCGUGACGCGCUCGCAUUCCCGCGGACUUGCACCAGAUAACGGAAACGUUCAUCAACAAACAUUAUUUAUUACUCUGAUCAUAACAGGUCGCAUCAAACAGGGUCGACAGCGUUGCGAGACUUGGGUACUACUCGUCCGCCUUCACUGUAUAUUUGAGUUCUUGUACUUCACGUCGUCUCACAGCAACUACUGAUUGGUGGAAAUGAAGACGCACAAAAGUGCAUUAAAUAUUUAAAUAAGAUGUUUUAUUUAAACUAGAAUCAUCAGUUUUACAGAACAAAUGGCCAAAGUGGCCGUUUGUUCCCACAUAUCACAGAAAAUUGGUUAAAAGCAACAAAGUACAACCAUCAGCAUUAGAUAAGAUGAGUAUUUAAAUAUUUUCCUAAACAUUUUAAUCGUGGAUUUAAUUGGGAGUUUUUUUUUUUUUGUUUCCUUUUUAAAUGACCGAUCCAAGUUUGGUUGUUUUCUCUGUUGCGCGGAUCUCGACAGAAGGACUUCCUGCGUGAACUUUGCUGCACGCUCGUCUCCUCGUUCUGAGAAGAGAGGGAGGCCUGUUGUUGUUGUUUGUUUGUUUGUUUUUCUGUUGCAUCUAUACAGCGUAGGCAAAUGUAACAGGUGGAAAAGUUAAUGUCUGUGAUGUUCUUGUUAAUGUCAACUAAAUAAAGCUCAUUUUGACAGGUUGA